ACUUUUGCUCCGUUGUCUCUGGUCGGUUCUCAUUUGAAGAGGGCUUUGCGGGUCGGGACUGUCAUGGGAGUCUUCCUCCUCCUGGCGGAUGGAUAUCUAGGACCGGCUCGGCGUCUCGGCGGUGGCAACACCCGCUGCUGAAGCUGGUUGACACGGACGGCUCCCUUGAAUUCAUGCCGCGGGUGUAAUGCUGCCGCUCGGGUGUCCGGGUUUGUUUUGCUACGCCGCUAGCUAGCCGUUGCUAGCUAAUAGCGCUAAUCUAAAACAUUUAAAGACAGCGUAAACUGUUGAGUUUGAAAAUAAACUUGCAACAUAAAUCGGAUUAUGGACGUGCUGUGACCCCCCCCCCCAAUCAUCAUCAUCAUCAUCAUCAUCAUCAUCAUCAUCAUGUAUUUGCGGUCAGUUUUGCCAAGUAACGGAACAAGCGGCUUCGGAGUGACCGAUCGGAGCUAGCCUGCUAGCUUGCUACUGGUCUGACAGCGUUGAUCCGCCGAUCGGCUCCACGGGGACAACUUCGUCCGGCAUCGAGUUGCUUUGGGACCGGGUGACAUUUUCCAGCAGCGAUGGCUAAUGUUACGGACCUGCAGACAAAAUACAGCAAGCUGGCGCAGGAGUACUCCAAGCUCCGUGCCCAGAACCAGGUGCUGAAGAAGGCCGUCGUGGACGAGCAGGCCAGCUCUGCUUCUCUGAAGGAGCAGCUGAAGCAGAGGGACCAGAGCCUGAGGAAGCAGGAGCAGGAGAUGGACAGCCUCAGCUUCAGGAACCAGCAGCUGGCCAAGAGGGUGGAGCUGCUGCAGGAGGAGCUCGCCGCUAGUGAGGUCAGGAGCAAAAAGGGCAAGGGUAAAGGGGACUCUCCCUCGCAGCAGAACCUACAGACUCAAAGCGUUUUCGACGAGGAUCUGCAAAAAAAGAUCGAAGAAAACGAGCGGCUACAUAUACAAUUUUAUGAAGCAGAUGAGCAGCACAGAAAGAAGGAGGCUGAGCUGAGGGCCCGGCUGGAGAAGCUGGAGGGAGACGCCGAGGAGCACCAGGCUGUCGUCGACGGACUCACGACAAAGUAUGUGGAAACGAUCGAGCGACUGCAGAGCGACAAGGCCCGUUUAGAGGUGAAAACACAAACUCUGGAGCGGGAGGCCAAAGAGUGUCGGGUGCGAACAGAAGAGUGCCAGCAGCAGCUGAGACGGUGCCAGUCGGAGCUGAGCAGGCAGGUGAAGCAGAGCAGCAGCGUCAUUCAGGAGAAAGUGCCCUUUAACGACACCAAGUUCAGCGACUACAACAGCCUGAACGUGCCAUCCCACAACCGGCGGCACCAGCUUAAGGCCCGGGACGUGACGAGCCAGGCCCUGAGCUUCAUCCAGGACCUGGUGGCUGCUCUGCUCAACUUCCACACCUACACCGAGCAGCGGGUUCACAUCUAUCCCCUGGACUCCUCCAUCGAGCCCAUUUCUCCUCUCAACCAGAAGUUUUCUCAGUAUCUCCACGAGAACGCGGCCUAUGUGCGCCCCCUGGAGGACAGCUUUCUGCAGUUAUACCAAAGCAUCACAGAAGACACCGUCACAGUGCUGGAGACCGUGGUCACGCUGAGGAAUUUCGCUGAGAAUUUCUCCUCCUACGCCCACUUUCUGCAAAAGAUUCUUCCCUACCAGCUGAAAAGCUUGGAAGAAGAGUGCAAGGCGCCUCUGUGCACCGCUGCCCUGACGGCGAAAAACCGGGAGUUGCAGAACGACAUGAAGAAAGUGACCACCGCGUUUGAGAAGAUGCAGAACUACGUUCGCCUUUUGGCCUUACCCAGCGUCCGGCAGGAUGCCGUGCCACACAGCAGCACCUCCGCUGUCUUCACCCAGCUGGCUGCCAACCUACACGGUCUUCAUGACGCCAUUAAAGAGAUGUCAAAACAUUACAACCAGAAGGCAGGCAUUGAGCAGGAGCUCCCCACAGUCACACAAAAGCUCUGUACCACCACAGAGUGCCUCCUCGGAUCUUUGGGCUCGCUGACCAGCGUCACCGGCAAGAUCGCCACUUUCUUCAGCAACAACUUGGACUUCUUCACAUCUCCAGGCUACUGUCCGAGAGGAGGAGCAGUGAGCCUCAACCCUCUACAGGCAGAGAGCAUGCUGGCCAACAAAAAGAAAGCAGCUGCCUAUAUCCAGGCCAUCAAAACGGCGAGACCACAGUCAGUCCCAUACAGGGAAGCCCUGUCAAACCGUCGUAUUCUCACCAGCUCCACUGAGAGCAGAGAGGGCCUCACCCAGCAGGUGCAGCAGAGCCUGGAGAAGAUCGGCCGGCUGGAGCAGGAGAAGGAGCACUGGCUCCUGGAGGCCCAGCUGGGGAAGGUGCGGCUGGAGAAGGAGAACCAGCGCAUAGCCGACCUGGAAGCACAGCUUGCAGCGGCCCUGGGGGGAAGCCUGAGCUCCCAGGCAGCCGCAGACGGCCGGCUCACGCAGAGCCAGGAGGAAGCGGAGACGCCGCAGAGAGCCACGGGGAAAGAGGCGACGCUGUGCACCAGCUUGGUUGGCAUGUUGUGCACAACACCUACAAACGAGCACGUGGGAGACGAGGAGUCCCGCGAACAGCUGAUAAAGACCCACUAUAUGGCCAGAGUGGGAGAGCUCACCACCCAGCUCCAGAUUUCAGACAGCAAAGCCGUGCACUUUCACUCAGAGUGUCGCGCUUUGGCAAAGAGAUUAACCAUCGCAGAGAAAGCGCGGGAGACUCUGAGCGAAGAGGUCAAGCGGGCUAAUGAGAACAUCACACGGUUGCAGGACGAGCUGACGACAACCAAGAGGAGCUACGAGGACCAGCUCAGCAUGAUGAGCGACCAUUUAUGUAGCAUGAACGAGACCUUGAGCAAGCAGAGGGAGGAAAUCGACACACUCAAGCUGGGUGGCAAGGCCAAUGCGAAAAAGAACAAGAGCCGUUAAAGCUGGCCCUAAAUCUUCAUCAUGUGAGGAGGGUUUCAGCGCUGCACAGCUUCUUUGUACCGACGCCGUCUCCGACCUUCAGGAUCGCCGCGCGAGCCUCAAACUCUUGGCGGAUCAGAGGCUCAAACAUGUUUGACAGAAGCUCUGUUUUUUUUUUUUUCCUGUUCUCUUGUCGCAUCAGCUUUUUUUUUUUAAAUGAUUAUGUUUAUCUAGAAAUGUUUUGUCUGACCUUUUUUGGUCAAAGCGCAGUCAAAGAGGAACAAAAGGAGGAUAGAAGAAAAAAAAAAAAACAGCCAGUGGACGUUUGAAUGCUCGCUAAAGUCAAGACUUGAAGACCAAACCCUGUUAAUGUGUGUAAUUUUCUGACUAAGUGUGUGUGAGUGAGAGAGAAAAUGAAGUCGUGCACUCUUUGCUGCUUCUCUAUAAGUAGGUUAACAGAGUAAAUGUCGCCGUGGUCGUACGUUAGCGGGGCGUUGCCUCAUAAAGUGACCAUGACACUGAGUUUUACUACACGAGAGUGUCGUUUUACAACGAAAGGGCUCAAAUCCUAUUGGAUCUGAGCUUAUUUGUGCAGGUGGUAACUGUGUAAAUGUACCCCUCUCUAACACGGAUGAUGCAGCAAGCUUUUCAAAUAUGAUCAGAUAGCUAACAGAUGCACUUGAACUCAUUGACCUUCCCAGAAACAUUUUCAUUUUCAGUCCCCUGGAAGUGGAUUAAAGAAAAGGUUUGAGAUUUUCAGCACUGAUUCACUCUGUUUACCUUCAUGGACAAGUUGAAGCUCGUAAAGUUGUCUGUGUCGAAGAAGUUUAUCUGUUAACAAUAGCAGUUUUUUUUUUUUUUUUAAAUCAUCACCAAAGGAAAUGUGGAUGCAGAGUUAAAGCUCCUCACAAUAAUCUUAAGAUGCAAGAAUAAUCGUCAAUCUUGUGAAUUUGAGAAAUCAUGUAAUUAAAAUUGUGUUUCUUAAACUUAUCCACAAAAAUAUGCAUCUAUUCAAAAGUUACAAAUCUUUAUUUUACCCAGAUUUUUAUUUUAUACAGAUUCUGCAGCUGUUCUUUUUUUUUUCUUUUCUUAAUUUAGUAGCUUUCUAUGUGAACGGGAUGCGUCGUAUACAGAUCGACCAACACUGUAAACACUGAUUAGAUGGUUUGUGAACCACAGCAGACCUUCUUUUUUUUUUUUUUCUUUCUGUCAUGUAGUGAUGUGAGAUGAAUAAAAUAAAAGCACUGCUCCAGAGACGUUUGUUCAAGACUGAAAUUUGAUCACAAAGACUUGCCAACACCCUUUAAACCCACGGGGGUUAAAACAAAAAAAAACAACAAAUCUGUAUUUCACUAUGUAAACCUGUUUAAAAAGCACAUGUUUGAAUCGAAAUAAAAAAGACCUAAGACUGAAGUGUCAGAUUAA